CAUGGAUAGCACAGCGAUCGAAUGUGGAGCAGGAUCCGCAGACCGGGAUGCCAGUAGAUCGAAACGUCUUGACAAUCAGGUCCUGCAACAACCCUGGUCUCGACAACCCUCCUUGGUUUGACCAACCACAUCGGAUGACAUGCGGUCCUUCGAGCCAUGAAGGCCAGAUGCAAGGGAGUCAUGAUGAAGGAAGUGAUGACAGUCAGGAUGGUUCGCACGAAGACGAAGCUGACUCUUACCGGCGUCCCUUGCACUUCAUCUAAUGGAAGGGUCUCUUCUCCAGCCGCAGAUCAUUGGACUUCUACCUAGCCCUGGGAUUCAGCACCCUCGAACCUACUGUCGGAGGUGAUGCUCGUUCAGGCAUCAACUUUGAUACCUUGCUUUUAUCGUUCAGCGUAACGCACGC